AUGGCUUCCGAGUUCAUCGGCUACAACGUAGUCGUGACCCUGCAAGUUGGGAAGCUUCAAGGGCAGGUCGCCAAUGUGAUCGGACAGACCUUACUGCUCGAAAAUGUCACUCUCCUGUGGAGUGGUCAGCACCAUGCUCAAUAUUCGAUUGAUGCCUCCGCCAUAAUCGAUCUGUCGCUGGAGUCGACCAAACCAGCCCCACUGCCGCACCAACAUACAGCCCAAAGGCCUCAGGUGGCUGCACCUGUCUUACCUGGACCCCCUCCCUCGCAGCCUUUCGCUGACCCCGCGAUCCUGAGCUUCUCCAAGCCCCCUUCCCAGCUCCCCGCACAACCCGCACAGGCUCCAUUUGCGGAGUCGAGUAUCGCGCAAGGUCCAGUUUCAGUCAGCGCAUCUUUGACUGAGCCAUUCAGCAGUCUAGAGCUGAACACGAAGGCUGUGCGAGGGGGAGGACCUGGAACCUCGCAUGCAAAGGAGCCUCAGGUUGCACAGAGCCUGACGACACCCACAAAGCAGACACCGAAGCGAAACCGACGCGGAAAUGAGGACGGAUUCAUCAAACACGGCGCUGCAGCAAGCACAAAUCCCAAGAGCAAAGGCUGGCGCCAAACUGCGUUUGUGGAACCCGUAUACUCAGCCAACCAAGGAUCACCUGAACAUGCAGCGCACUCUGGCGCGAAGCUUCGCAAGAAGAAGUCACGCCGUGCUUACGCUGAAGACCCGAGUGGGUGGGCUACGGAGGAUGCAACCGACAUCCAAGAACUUGGGGAAUUUGAUUUCCAGAGCAAUCUGUCCAAAUUUGACAAGCGGCGUGUCUUUGAGGAGAUCCGCAACGAUGAUACCACGGCCGACGAGGCUCGCCUUGUCAGCUUCAACCGUCGGCCAAAGCCCGGUACGAAUGGCGGAAAGAACCUCCACUGGACGGAGAAUGUGCUUGAUAGCCCUCCAAACAGUGAUACUGCCGACGAUGUCGAAGGUAUUAGUGAUGCCAGACACAGCAGUGAGAACAUCUCCGGACGUGAACGGUCGAGAGCUUCUGGACGCAUCCAAACCUCUCGCAAGAGCAGUACAAUUAUGGCCCAGCCUAUGGUGCCUCAGAUCAGUGCGCUUGGGCGUAGCCAGCUCAACACCUCGCGCGCUGCAAGCCCUCGGCCAAGCCGAUCUUCUGGGUCACCUAUGGUUGGAGUCAACCCAGCUGGUGCAUCACUGCGACUGACUACGACCAACCGAAGCUGUCCCACUGUGAGCCCACUGCAGACCCUCGAGGUUGAGCAGAUUGCCGUAGCAGAGUUCGGCUUGUCAGAGGAUAUCCUCACUGAAAAUGCCGGACGAGGAAUCGCGGAAGCUGCAGUCUCCCUGCUGUCUAACGAUGCGGCUGCUCCAACCAUUCUGAUCAUAACCGGUAACCACCGCACCGGCGCAAGAGCAAUUUCUGCUGCUCGCCACCUGCGGAGCCGUGGACACCGUGUCACCGUAUGUCUGCUCGGACUGGAGCACGAAGAGGAGUUGCUCGAGAAUUGCCGCAAACAGCUGGAUAUUUUCCGGAAAAUUGGAGGUCGAGUGCUUAAGUGGGAGGACCUCUCAGCGCGUCUCGCUACCGCCGACUUGGCUCCUGACUUGGUCAUCGAUGCCCUGUUCGGGAUGCACCUUGCGUUCGAUGACCUCCGGACUGACGACCAAGGCGUUGCGUUUGAGAUGAUUGCUUGGGUGAACCGUAGCAAUGUCGAAAUCCUCUCUGUCGAUGUUCCGUCGGGGAUGUCGGCUUCUAGUGGUGAGGUGACAAUGGCUGAUGGCGGUCGACUGUGCGUGAACGCCUCAUCGGUGGUUUGCCUCGGGGCCCCGAAGACCGGAAUUCUCAAUGCUCUACUCUCCGGCGAAGGAGAUUCAUGGAACCUUACCGUGGCCGAUAUUGGUAUUCCGCAAAUUGUGUGGCGCAAGUAUGGCACUCGUCGCCGACACGGUAUCGACUUCGGCAACCGAUGGGUGGUGCCACUACGGCUGCAGACACUGGCAGCAUAA